AUGGACGUCCGUUCGCGUCCCUUUCCCGACGCUCUCCCCCUACCAUAUCCGCUUGGCCACCAUCUCGUACCGUGUAAUCUUGUUGAGGUCCAUCUCCUUGUCCUUCUUGCCCUUGCCCGUCUCGCGCCGCUCGCGGUCCCGCACCUUCUUGAGGCCCUCCGCGUCGUCCUGGAAGAUCCACCGCCGCCGGUCCUCGCCCACCUCGACCUUGCCGUAGCCGCCCGUGCGCUUGCCCGUCGCAUCAAACGACGCCGGCUCAGCCUGGCCCAGCGCCUCGGCGUGCUCCUGCCGCUUCAUGUUGGCGUAGCGGUUGCGCGCGUACCGCAGCAGGGCCAUGCCCAGCAGCAGCUUGGCAAUGAGCAGGAUCAGGAACAUGAGGAAGAAGACGACCACCAUGGUAACGCCCGCAAUGAGGUCGUCGCUCGACCAUCGCCACAGCCACAACGAUGA